AUGGCGCCAAACUACAAGAUUGCUCUCAUCCAGUUUCAACCAAAGGACGUGGCCGUUGAGGAGAACUUCAAAAAAGCAGAGUCCUACAUCCGCAAGGCCGCCUCCAACGGCGCCCACCUCGCCGUGCUCCCGGAGUACCACCUGACAGCCUGGUGUCCCGAGCACCCGUCCUUCGUCGCAGCAUGCGCCGAAUCCUCCGCCGACAACAGCUACCUAGCUCGGUACCAGUCUCUGGCACGUGAGCUCAACAUCAACAUCGUGCCCGGAACCAUCUGCGAAGUCCACCCCGCUUCUUCAUCAUCUUCUACUUCCCAGGAUAAGGAUAAGGAAACCUCGGCAGGCGAAGGCGAUGACGGCGACAGCAGCGAAGGCAAGCAAGAGCCCGCGACCUGGCGCGGCCAGCCCAUCGAGAUCCGCAACAUGGCCUACUGGAUCUCCGCCACCACGGGCUCCCUCGCCGGUUCCUACCAGAAGAUGAACCUCUGGCACCCCGAGCGGCCGCACCUAACAGCGGGGGACAUCAAGCGCCACAAGCCGCAUCUGGCCUUCGACACACCCCUCACAAAACCCGGCCCAAACGGAACCCAGGUACCAAUUCGAGCCGGUUUGUUGAUUUGCUGGGACCUCGCCUUCCCCGAGGGUUUCAGGGCAUUGAUCGCCGACGGCGCCGAUAUCAUCGUCGUGCCUUCAUACUGGUGGGUUACAGACGUGGACGAGCAGGCGAGGAAGAUCAACAGGGAUGCGGAGAAGAUCUUUCUGGAGAGCGUGUGUGUCACAAGGGCGUGCGAGAACACGGCGGCGAUUGUGUUUUGUAAUGCCGGCGGGAUGAGCCAGGUUGCGUUGCCGCUUAAGGGCGUGUUGCCGCCUGUUGCGCUUGGUGGUGAAGAGGAUGAAGAAGAGGGCCAAGAGGGUAUUGCGACUGCUGUGGGAGGGAUGAAGGGAGGAGUGAUGGGCGCCGAGAUGGAGGAGAUGCAGACUGUUGAUGUGGACUUUGAUGUGUUGAGGGUGGCGGAGGAGAAUUAUAAGGUGAGGAUGGAUAUGGGUGGGAAGGGAUGGCAUUAUGGGUAUACCCUUUGGAGGAAUGGUGAGGGGGAGAAGAAGGAGUAG